AUGGCACAGGGACAACACAAAUUCCAGGCGCAGAAACCUAAAAGCAAGGCGGUGGCGGCGGAGCGGAGCUGUGGGUCAAGGAAAGGUGGUCGAGUCAUCGCUCCCAAGAAGGCGCGCAUUGUGCAGCAGCAAAAGUUGAAGAAGAGCCUGGAAGUAGGAAUCCGGAAGAAGAUUGAGCAUGACGUGGUGAUGAAGGCCAGCUCCAGCCUGCCUAAGAAGCUUGCGCUGCUGAAGGGAGCAUCAAAGAAGGCAGGGGCCACCACCCCUGGCAAGUCACUGGGACUUUGCAGUCACUCAGACCUGCUGGACGACAUGUUGAUCGUGUCAUAUGCUGGGUGCUUGACCAGGUGGCAUCUUCCGUGGUGUGGCCCUGGGGCAAGCAUUGAAUGUGCUGCUGACCUAUCCCUUUGUGCCCGGCUAAGGAGUUCACCCACUAAGGAGGCAGAAACUUGCCGGGUCACCAGUGACUGCCCAAUGUUGGUCAGGAUUUACUGUUGA